AUAACAGCGGCGUUCUUCGACACUGUUCCUCUCUUUCCCUCUGAUUGCGAAGAGCAGAGAGGUAGAAGCGGUGAAACCCUAGAAGUUUUUGAACAAUGGUGAAGCUCACGGCUGAUUUGAUCUGGAAUAGCCCUCACUUCUUCAAUGCCGUUAAGGAGCGAGAAUUGGAGCUACGAGGUAACAAGAUUCCUGUAAUCGAGAACUUGGGUGCUACUGAGGACCAGUUCGAUACAGUUGAUCUGUCUGAUAAUGAGAUAGUUAAGCUCGAAAACUUCCCACUCCUCAAUCGCUUAGGGACUUUGAUCAUAAACAACAAUCGGAUCACCAGGAUUAAUCCUAAUAUUGGAGAGUUCCUACCGAAGCUGCACACUCUGGUUCUUACAAACAACAGGCUUGUGAAUUUGGUUGAAAUUGAUCCCCUUGCCUCCAUUCCAAAGCUGCAGUACCUUAGUUUGUUGGAUAAUAAUAUCACCAAAAAGCCAAAUUAUCGCCUUUAUGUGAUUCACAAGCUGAAAUCACUUCGAGUAUUGGACUUUAUAAAAGUCAAAGCCAAGGAGAGAGCUGAAGCUGCGGCUUUGUUUUCAUCCAAGGAAGCGGAAGAGGAGGUUAAGAAGGUAUCUCAGCAGGAGGUUCAAAAAGUGGUGGAUACUACAGAAGAACCAGAGACUCCAAAAGUGGUGGCCCCAACCCAGGAGCAAAUUUUAGCAAUCAAGGCUGCAAUUAUCAACUCCCAGACGAUAGAAGAAAUUGCAAGACUCGAACAGGCUUUGAAGUUUGGCCAGGUUCCUGCAGGCCUGAUAGUUCCUGAUCCUGCAUCUGGUGUUAAUGACAGUUCUGGUCCUAUGGAGGAAUAGAAAAUGUGGCAGUUGCUCCUUCAGACCGUAGUAGCUGCUGCUCGAAUUGCUCACAGCAGUUAUGUCUGACAAGCUUUAUUGCUUCAUGGUCAUGUAAGACAUCCUUAGGAAAAUUGUAAACUACUUGUGCUCAAGAGCAUCUGUUAUUGAACCCUUGAAAAGAGUGGCAAAGAGGAUUUUGUAAUGUUUAGUCUGCAAUCACAGAAAGAGAUGGUGCACAGUGCACACAGAAUUUGCCAAA